AUGAGAGAUGGAGAAAAGCUGAGCUUUGUAAGGGACAUGCCAACCAAAAACUUCUUUUGGGGUGUGGGAAUGGGUUCCCAACCAGAGCUUUCAUAUUUCAGAAGAGAGAUGACCAAGAUCACUUCCUUCAUAAACAUCAUCGAUGAUAUUUAUGAUGUUUAUGGCACAUUGCAAGAACUUGAACUCUUCACUCAUGUGGUCCACAAAUUCGUGGAUUUCAGUGGGCACGUGCCAAGCAUGCAGGAAUAUAUAGAUAAUGCAUGGAUUUCAGUGGGAGGGGCUGUGGCUCUGGUUCAAGUUUACUUUCUGCAGAUUCAAUAUGAUUCAAUCAGGCCACAGGAUUUUGAGUAUUUACAAGAAUACCCCUAUAUUAUUCGCCUUUCUUCCACCAUUGCACGAUUUGCUAUUGACCUUGCAGCAUACAAGAUUACUAAUAGGGAUGUUUCAUCAAAAUCAUCAAGUGGUGAGUUUGAUGGUGACAUUCCCAAGUCACUAAAACAUGAAUGA